AGAGGGAACCAGAGAGACUUUGAAAGUUUUCCAAAAGGUGAAAAAAAUGGCUGCCGAGCUAUCUUGUUCCCUUCUCAGCCGUGCCAUUAUCGGUUUCAGCUGCGAUAACAUGGAUUGUGAUAACCGGAAGCGGUUGAAUGUGCGGUUGUCCUUCUUGCCUUCUCAUCGUUUGCUUCCGGCCUCGUGUAAAAUGCGGCAGCGAAAUCUCAGUUCUCAGCACAAGAGACAACAUGUGAAGAAAGCGUCUCCUGAUCAGAUACCAACAACUGGAGAUCAACUGAAUAGUGAUGAGGACUCUGAACCCGAAAAUUCCAUUCCAGAAAGUGUCUCAAGUUUGGAUCAUGAAACUAUGCAUGAAGAUAAGGUUGAUACUAGUAGUGUAGGUGCAGAACUUGAUAAUGUUCAGAAGUUGAGCAGUCUAGCUGUGCCUUCUGUUGACUCUAGUAUAUAUGCCAAUCAUGUGGAUGAACAGAAUAUGGGCAGUACGGUUGUUCCUACCACUGAAAGCAAGAUAAAUGGGGAGCGGAUUGAUGAACAGAGUUUGAGCACUCUAAUUGUGCCUGCUGUAACAAAUUCCUUGGCAAUAAAUGGAGAUAGUGGAGAGCAGCUUUCAGGUGUUCAACUUGAAGAUUUGAUAGGCAUGAUAAAGAAUGCAGAGAGAAAUAUCCUCCUCCUCAACCAAGCUCGGGUUCAUGCACUUGAAGAUCUUCACAAGAUUCUUGGUGAGAAGAAAGCAUUACAAGGAGAAAUUAACAUUUUGGAAAUGAGAUUGGCAGAAGCUGAUGCACGGAUUAAAGUUGCUUCCCAAGAGAAGAUACAUGUAGAACUCCUGGAAGAUCAGUUGGAGAAGUUGCAUAAUGAACUGAUUCACAGGGGCAGUUCAGCAAGAACUGAGCUUGAAACACUUGAGAAUCAAACAUUUUCUAAUGAGGAAGCAAUUAUGGCACAUGAUGGUCAUGUUCAUACUCUUAGCAAGGAGGUUGGAACAUUGAGGAUGGAGAACCUGGCCCUCAAGAAUGAUAUACAAGUGCUUAAGACUCUGCUGGGCAAUGUCAAGAAUACUGAUGACCGCAUAGUAAUAUUGGAAAAGGAGCGCUCUUUUUUGGAGUAUUCUCUGAAAGAUUUGGAGUCAAAACUGUCAGUUUCUCGGGAAGAUGUCUCAAACCUUUCCAAUCUUAAAAGUGAAUGCAAGGACUUAUGGGAAAAGGUAGAAAAUUUGCAACUUCUGUUGGAUAAGGCUACUAAACAAGCAGAUCAAGCUAUUUUAGUGUUACAACAAAACCAGGAGCUGCGAAAGAAGGUUGAUAAAUUGGAAGAGUCUCUUGGAGAGGCUAAUGUUUAUAAAUUAUCAUCUGAGAAAAUGCAACACUAUAGCGAACUUAUGCAGCAAAAGAUUAAGCUGUUGGAGGAGCGUCUUCAAAAAUCUGAUGAUGAUAUACUUUCAUAUGUCCAAUUAUAUCAAGAAUCUAUAAAAGAGUUUCAAGAAACACUUGAUAGUUUGAAAGAAGAAAGCAAGAAAAGGGCAUUAGAUGAACCUGUGGAUAAUAUGCCUUGGGAAUUUUGGAGCCGUUUGUUGCUUUUUAUUGAUGGUUGGCUGCUUGAAGAUAAAAUAUCAACCAGUGAUGCAGAGAUGUUGAGAAAAAUGGUGUGGAAGAGAAACCGACGCAUUUAUGAGGCAUACAUGGCAUGCAAGGAAAAGAAUGAGCGUGAAACUAUAUCUACGUUUCUCAGCAUGACGUCAUCUCGAACUAGUCCAGGAUUGCAUAUCAUUCAUAUUGCAGCUGAGAUGGCACCUGUUGCUAAGGUUGGUGGUUUGGGAGAUGUUGUGACUGGUCUUGGUAAAGCACUGCAGAAGAGGGGACACCUUGUAGAGAUCAUUCUUCCCAAAUAUGAUUGCAUGCAAUAUGAUCGUAUUCAAGACUUAAGGGCCCUUGAUACAAUCGUGGAGUCAUAUUUUGAUGGAAAACUAUUUGAAAAUAAAGUUUGGGUGGGCACAGUUGAAGGUCUUCCUGUUUAUUUUAUUGAGCCUCAUCAUCCAGGGAAGUUCUUUUGGAGAGGUCAAUUUUAUGGAGAGCAUGAUGAUUUCAAACGUUUUUCAUUUUUUAGUCGUGCAGCACUGCAGUUGCUUCUCCAAGCUGACAAGAAACCAGACAUAAUUCAUUGCCAUGAUUGGCAGACAGCUUUUGUUGCACCACUUUAUUGGGAUCUGUAUGCUCCAAAAGGUUUAAAUUCAGCUCGAGUAUGUUUUACAUGUCACAACUUUGAGUACCAGGGGACAGCACCUGCUUCAGAAUUGGCAUCAUGUGGUCUGGAUGUCUACCAGUUAAAUAGACCUGAUAGAAUGCAGGAUAACUCAGCACUUGAUAGGGUCAAUCCAGUGAAGGGUGCAAUUGUAUUCUCAAAUGUUGUGACAACAGUGUCACCCACUUAUGCACAAGAGGUCCGAACUGCUGAGGGAGGAAGAGGCCUUCAUUCAACACUUAAUUUUCACUCAAAGAAGUUUUUUGGAAUCCUAAAUGGAAUUGAUGCUGAUGCAUGGAAUCCUGCUAGUGAUAGUUUUCUCGAAGUGCAGUACAGUGCUAAUGAUCUGCAAGGGAAAGCAGAGAAUAAAUCAGCCAUAAGAAGGCGUUUAGGACUUUCAUCUACAGAUGACAGACAGCCAUUGGUAGGCUGCAUAACAAGAUUGGUUCCACAGAAGGGAAUGCAUCUUAUUAGACAUGCCAUUUAUCGAACAUUGGAGCUGGGUGGUCAAUUUGUACUUCUUGGUUCAAGCCCAGUUGCACAUAUCCAGAGGGAAUUUGAGGGUAUUGCACACCAGUUUCAGAACCAUAAUCACAUUCGGCUGAUAUUGAAAUAUGAUGAGUCUCUUUCACAUUCCAUUUAUGCAGCAUCUGACAUGUUUAUCAUCCCAUCUAUUUUUGAGCCAUGUGGACUUACGCAGAUGAUAGCAAUGAGAUAUGGUUCCAUACCAAUUGCAAGGAAAACUGGUGGUCUCAAUGACAGUGUAUUUGAUGUUGAUGAUGACACAAUACCUCUUCAGUUUCGUAAUGGAUAUACCUUCGUGACUCCUGAUGAGAAGGGUGUAAACAGUGCCUUGGAACGAGCAUUUGAUCACUACCACAACAACAACGAGAGUUGGCAACAGCUUGUUCGCAAGGACAUGAAUAUGGAUUUCAGUUGGGAGUCUUCAGCAUCACAAUAUGAGGAACUCUAUGCAAAAUCCGUUGCAAGAGCAAGGGCGACAGCAAGUCGUGCUUGAGAUUAAGCAUACCUAGAACAUACUUUUCCUUGCAAACCUGGACCGGUUUGAGUGCAGAUUUUGGCUUUUAAGAGAGAUUACUCAUCUACUGAAGUUGGUGAUCCUACAUGCAUAAGCUGCAUUACAGAAUGCUUUGAUCACACACCUAUAGAUCUUUUUUUUUUUUUUUUUUUUUUUUUCUGAACAGGUAUAAAUUUGGAGGAGGGAGAUUUGAAUACAGCCCCUAAGCCUGGGGAUGCAGCUUAUAGCCAAUUGGCUUAGAAGGCCAGGUGCCUAUAGAUCUAUUUAUAACGCUUCUUGUACAUUAGGUUUAUAUUUUGUUUCAGAAUGAUUUUACGGUAUAGAACUAGGCAACUAGCAUGAUGCGGCCAUUCGCAGAUUUCUUUAUGCUUACAGGGUCUUAUAAUUGGUUCAGAAGUGUAACAUAAGUUGAACAUAUAUAUAUAUUUUUUAAAUUUUAAUCUUAUACAUAAAUAAGAAAGGGCGUC